AUGUCUGAUAAAGCGCAGUAUGUUCUGCCUAAUACGCAGCCGAUCGUGGAGCUUGAAUGUGCUAGCGCAUUCAAUAAUCUGACCGAGAAGGAGAAACAAUAUGCUCAUUUUUUUAGCAAGGCCUCGUGGGUUGGUGGAUUGAUAGCCCUGGUGCAAUCGAGUCCAGAAUCGCCACUUAUUUUUUCGUUAUUACAUCGGAUUUUUUUAGCCGAAACCGUAGACAAUUUGAAACAAGCUGCCCUUGCUUCUGGGAUAUCAGUAGAUGAAUUUACCGCAUUUCUUGUGUACGCUUGUGGCUUUCUGGCAAAUGCUGGUAACUACAAGGGCAUGGGUGAUAGCAAGAUCGUGCCAAAUAUUGACGAGGAGAAGCUCGAACUUAUCAUCAAAUGCUCAGCCGCCUACAAGGCAGAUACGGAGCUGAUUGAAUCGCUUUGGAAGCGCAUUAAGGUGCCUAUUUUUCUAUUGACGGAUCGCACGAAAACACUGGGCCUGUGUGAUGUCGGGGUAACUACUUAUUUCUCGAGCAAUGUUACUCAUGAUGAUACUGAAUUGAUCAGCAAAUGGAUGAAAAAGCAUAAGUUUGAGGCAUAUAUUUGCCGUACAUUCAAAACGGUUCAGAAUGGAAAAACGGUUUACGAUAUUAAGCUCGCUUCGAGCGAAGAUGGCGAAAAAAAGGGCCUUACUCAAGAUCCAGAAGAAUUUGAAGGAUGCAUUUUUAAAAUUACGCGAGGCGAUUACAAGGAGCUGAUGCAAAUGGUGGCUGACUGGUUGGAGGAAGCGAAGAAGCAUUGUGCUAACGACAAUCAAAAGAAUAUGAUUGAAGAAUACGUCAAGAGCUUCCGCGAAGGUAGCCUAGAUGCUCACAAGUCCGGUUCUAGAUACUGGAUCAAGGACAAGGGACCAGUAAUUGAAACCUACAUUGGUUUUAUCGAAACAUACCGUGAUCCGGUGGGACAGCGAGGAGAAUUCGAGGGUUUCGUAGCUAUGGUAAACAAGGAAAUGUCAGCUAAAUUUGGUACUCUGGUUUCGAAUGCCGAAAACUUUAUCAAACUGUUGCCCUGGGGUGAAGACUAUGAAAAAGAUUUCUAUUUAAAACCGGAUUUCACUUCGCUGGAUAUACUAACAUUUGCCGGAUCGGGUAUACCAUGUGGUAUCAACAUUCCGAAUUACGACGAAAUUCGUCAAGAUGAAGGAUUUAAGAAUGUAGCCCUUGGCAACGUGCUUGCCAAUACAAACAAAACGGAUUCGAUACCUUUCUUGUCUGAGGAAGAUCAGGCUCUGAUGAAGAAGUACAAGGGAGCUGCCUUCGCUGUUCAAGUGGGUCUCCACGAACUUCUCGGUCAUGGGAGCGGAAAGCUUUUGCGUUUGUCCGAAGCAGGCGAAUAUAACUUCGACAUAAAAAAGUUGAAAAACCCGCUAACUGGGGAACCUGUUGAUUGCUGGUACGAAACCGGCGAAACUUACGAUUCGAAGUUUAAAUCGCUUGGCUCUUCGUACGAAGAAUGCCGCGCCGAAGCUGUUGGGCUCUAUCUGAGUCUGGAUCGUGAAAUCUUGAAAAUUUUUGGCCACACGGAUGAACAAGAAAUCCAAAACAUUAUCUAUGUCAACUGGCUGCUUCUUGUUUGGGGUGGUGUCGGUGUGUCUUUAGAGCUGUACAAUCCGACGCUAAAGACAUGGCUGCAGGCGCACUAUCAAGCUCGGUUCGUUAUCAUGAAGGUGCUUUUGGAAGCAGGAGAAGGAUUGGUUAUCGUAGAAGAAACAGAGAAGGACCAAAAUCUAUUGUUGAAGUUCGAUCGCAGCAAAAUUGAGACGGUAGGAAAAGAAGCAAUUCGACAGUUUUUACUGAAAUUGCAGUUCUACAAAUCUACCGGCAACGUUACGGCAGCAACUGAGAUGUAUAAUCACUACUCAGAGGUCUCGGAAGAAGGCUCCCAUCCAUGGGCUAAGUGGCGCAAUAUUGUGCUGCUGCACAAAAAACCAAGAAUGAUUUUCCUUUUGGGUAACACAAUGUUAGAUGCAGAUACCGGCAAGAUGGUACUCAAGACGUAUGAAGCCAAUUUUGAAGGCUACAUUCAAUCGUGGACGGAACGCUUCCCUGACGUUAAAGUCGACGAGGUGCUAGAGCGCAUUUACGAGGCCGAUAAACAUUAUUUUGAGGGACUGUAUUAGCCACAUAUGUUAAGCUACAUGAUUAACAUUAAGAUACGAUGGCCUCACUUGAAUAAAAAAACACAUGAAUUUGUUAUGUAAAUGUAUUAGAAAUGGUAUUAUUUUAGUGUUGUAGGUAAAAAAAUUACCUUAGUAUAUACUACCAAACUUGAUUGAGUUAUUAGCGUCUUAGCUAACUUCGUCCGAGUGCUGAACUAUUCAAUAUUAUGGCAUAUUAUGUUAGGUCAAUUUGGAAUGUUUUCAUCUGGGUAUUUUUCUUGUAAGCGGCUGAUUUAAAUAACUUAGAUC